AUGCUACCAGACACAAACUAAUAACCUUAAUUAAUUGAAGAAUAUGGAGGAUUUCCAGGAUCUAAAUCAUUUUCUAUAUUAGGACUUUUGACAUUAGCUCUUGUUUAUGCUAAAAUGACUGUUCACUUUUAUGUCAAAUGGACAGUCAUCUUAAGUCCUAUGAUUUUCUUUUUUUCCUAUAAAUUCUUAAAGAGCAUUUACAAUAUUAGUCAGCAAUCUCGUAAAGAUAAGAAUUAAAGUCUUAAAUAGAGGAAAAUUAUUAUGUUAUGGAAUUUAUGCUAAUUAUUAAUUACAGCACCUUUGGCAGUGUCAACAUUUUAUUUGGGAGAUCUUAUUGAAAAAGCUAUUUAAUAAUAAGAUAUAGCUGAACCUUUAACACAUUUAUUUGCAUGUUUUGCAUUCACAUUAUUAGUAUAUUUACUAUAUUCAUUAAGUUAAUAAAAAGAAACAUCUUAAAAUUAAUCAGGUAAUAAAAGCAUUAUAUUGAACUUUUUACUUUCUAUGUUUGGUAAUUCAGUAAGUUUUUGUGCUGGAGGAGUUUGCAAUUCAUUUUAUAUAUCAACACUUUCAGCAUUUUUUUCUGCUUUUGGAAUUCCAAUUACUCAAUAUUUACAUUAUUUAAAUUAUCUUUGUAUUAUUCUAUUAGCUUUUUCUCUAUUAUCAUUAUAUUCAGUCAAAGAAUCAAUAUUUUAUGCUCCAUUUUUGAUAACCUUAAUUGGUUCAAGUUUAAUUGUUAAUGAAAUGUUUUUUUAUAAAUUGCCAUAUGCAAUUUGGAUUGGAAAUGGUAUGAUUAUUGGAUCAGCUUUUUGGAAUUCAAGAUUGAAUUAAUUUAGCUUCUUCAAAAGGAAGAAAUGA